GCUAUUUGUUACAAAGAACAUAUGUGCCGUUCCCUGCCUUGUGGAGCUGCGUUUUCGGCAUGCGGGAAGUACAUUGCUUCUGGAAGCGAGGAUAAAUCGGUGUUUGUUUAUGAUUUGAGACAAAUUACUCACGCAUAUAGAUUAAAUGACCAUCAGAUGGAUAUUGUCACUAGUGUAGCAUUCGUACCAAAAAAUUCUCAAAUCAAACAUCCUGGGAGACAAUCGUUCCCUGGAGACGCAAUGAAACCAAAUUCAUGAGAAUACUGCCGACACUUUUUUUUUUUUUUUUUUUUUUUGGCAAGCGACAUGGCUGAUGAAUAGUUGAGUAUAUAUAAUAGUUUUAAAAAUUUAAUAAUGAAAACACAAAUUAAUAAUAUCUAUGCAAAGAACAAUUUACAAAUAUGUUUGUGCAGAUUAUUUAACAGUGAAAUAAUUUGAAACGUCUUACUAUACUAUACGCCGAGAAGACUACAGACAACUAAUAUUAGAAGGGAACCCUUAAACAGGCCGUUUUAAUUGUGCGUUGAAGGGAAUUUCCCCAGUCCUGCCAAGCAACCGAAAAUAAUUCAGCUUCAAAAAAAAAUUUGAAAAACAUCGCCCAGAGAAAAAUGAAACUGCUUCUGAUUGGUUCCAUGUGGAGGACCCAUGUUCUGUUUAAGGUCCUGUGGUUUUCCCAGUCCUGCCUAUUGUUGGUACACAAAAUCCAACAGCGGCAUUCGACACAUACAUAAAAGCAUCAUAACAUUCGACUUAGUUGCGUGGAUCCCUCCGCUCUAUGCAAAUCCGUAUUUAUACAUAUUAAAACGAUUAUUAUUAUGUAAUAAUUACGUUCCUAAAAAUUAAAACAAAAAAUUUUAUCAUUGACCCCAGUAAACCCCUGGGAACAAUAUAGACCCAUUUUACUCUUCCAUCGACCUCCAAGGGUUCCAUUCCACUUGGACCUCGUUGAGAAUCUCUGAUCUGAAAAGUCUUAUUAUGUAAAUUACUUUUCCUUUCAUAUUAGUUUGUGGAUUUUUAUUAUUUUUUAAUUAAUAUAUAUAUAUUGAUAUUUCUUUCAGAUUUUAACAUCAUCAUUAAAUGGGAUAAUUAACUUAUACGGAAGAAAAGAUAAGCAGUAAAUUAUGUAACAGAUUUAUGAAACUGUAUUAUAUUAUUUUUUUCAUAAUAAAAGACUAAAAAGGAACUAUGA